GCAGAGGGAAAAAUUGGAAUUUAUUGGAUGUUUUGAAACCAAAAUGCCUGGGACUUUUUACCCAAAAUAAUUUUAUUGGGGGGGGAGGGGAAAGAUGAAAUCAGCCUAAUUGGAUCAUUUCUCAUGUCUUAGAUAGUUGAAAUAUCUUUUCAAUACAAUAUAUAGUGGAAACACAAUCUUUGGAGACCUUUACAUCUAAAUUGACAAUUUGCUGAGAAGAUCUAUUGAAAAAAAAAACUGUGUCAGGGCAAGGGAGCUGACUAAGGGAGAGGACAGGCCUUUUCUGUCUGUAAUAUCUAGACUCUCUGGCCAUGUGUGAAUGGUAAAAUUGCAGAGUCUGGUAGCAGUGCUCCCAAGCACAGCAUGUGGCCUGGGCUGGCUGCCUCCUAAACCAGAAAAAAAUGUAGUCUCAUCUCUGCAGGGCUGCUGAUGGGCUAUUUAGCAGAAGGGUGGGCUAGCUGGCACUGUCAUUCAGCAGUGUUAAUUAGCUUGCUCAUUCACUGACUGCACAGUGCUUCUAGUUUAGGAGGCAGCCCAGACAGAGCUGAGGACAUUGCUGCAGAGCAUGAGUCUGGCCUAUGGAGAAGCCCACAAGCAGACUGAGAUAAAUAUGGCUUUUCAAAUUGAUAACCGCCUUGAGUCCUUUUCAUUGCCAAUUCAGCGAAUGCACUAUAUUCAAGUGGAUUCUGUCCAGCGCUGGAUGGAGGACUUGAAGUUGAUGACGGAUUGUGAAUGUAUGUGUAUUCUUCAGUCGAAGCCAAUCAGCAUAGAGGAUGAUGCACAGAAUGAACUUAUUCUUUCAUCGCAAUAUAGUGUGUGGGAUAACUUGCAGUUAUUAUUGAAAAGAGCUUGGAUCAUAAGCACAGAGUUGACCAGGAUUGCUCAAAAACUAGAGAAGAGCAGAUGGCAGAGAGUACACAGCAUGACAGUAAGAGUCAAUUGUCAUGUACGGUCAAUGAUAAAUGAAUACAACACAUUUACCAGACAUUCUUCAGAAGAAAUGCACAAGUUUGAAAAACUUUUAAUAGAAAAAUGUUCAGAAUUUACAGCACUCACAGAAAGGUGCAUACAAACUGAGGACGAACAGAUAUUAAAGUCCAUGAAACCUUGUAUUAAUGAAACACUAACUACAGUUGCUCAUUAUUUUGGCCAGUUGAUAGAACUGAUCUUAGCACAUGAAACACGGAACCUGGUGAGACAAAUAGAUUCAUCAGAAAAUAUAUACAUCACAGAAUCGGCUACACGCAGCUUAUUCAGCCUUACCCAGGAGGGUGCUCAUUUGUGCCGCAUCAUAGCUAAGGAAGGAGGUGUUGUUGCUCUGUUUAAGACGUGUCGCCAGGAUUGUUUCAGGAGCAUUUAUCCCCAGACUCUCAGAACCUUGGCAUCUAUAUGCUGUGUAGAAGAAGGGAUUCACCAGCUAGAAAAGGUUGAUGGGAUACUGUGUUUGGCUGACAUUCUCACUGAUAGUACCCAUUCAGAAGCCACUCAUGCAGAAGCAGCAGCAGUGAUAGCACAGAUCACAUCGCCACAUCUCACUUUCACUCAGCAUCUUGGUAGCUUUCUAGAAAACAUGGAGGAAAUUGUAACAGCACUUGUCAAAUUGUGCCAAGAGGCCUCAUCUGGUGAAGUUUUCCUCUUAGCUUCGGCGGCACUUGCCAAUAUUACAUUUUUUGACACAAUGGCUUGUGAGAUGCUGCUUCAGUUGAAUGCUAUGAAGAUUCUUCUUGCAGCUUGUUCAGACAGGCAAAUAGUGGAUACCCCAUAUUCUCGAGAUCAGGUUGUAACAAUAUUAGCAAACAUGUCUGUCCUGGACCAAUGUGCUUCAGAAAUAAUUCAAGGAAAUGGUAUUCAGCUUUUAAUGGAAAUGCUCUUUGAGAGAUCCUCUUCUGGGAAUUCAGCAGAAGUUGCUGCUUGUGAGAGAGUUCAACAGAAAUCUGCAGUUACGCUGGCACGGCUGAGCCGAGAUCCUGAAGUGGCACAUGCAGCCAUAAAACUCAGCUGUAUUCCUCGCCUCAUACAACUCUGCAGGUCACCAACUGAAAGGAACAACAGUGAUUCCGUUCUCGUGGCAUGUCUGGCAGCCUUACGAAGACUAGCAGUUAUGAGCCCUGAUCGCCUUAAAGAUUCAGAUUUCCAGCAGCUGGUAAAGCCUAGACUUGUGGAUUCCUUUCUGCUGUGCACAAAUAUGGAAGAAAGCUUUGUAUAAAUGAGUAAAUAUGAGCCAAAAAAGCAAUCCAUUUUUUGAACAAGAACCAAUAUAGUGUAUACGGUAUUAUGUAGCCCUAGCACUAUUAUUUAUGAUUAAUUUAUUUUAAAACCACAAAGGUCUGGUCUGCAAAGAAAAAGAAACAUGGUUUAUCAGUUAAUCUCAAAUCAGUGGUUUGCAUACAUUUUUUUAAAAUUCUGUUUUCCAGCAAAAGACUCGGACAUGUUAACACACCUAAUAAUUAUGAUUUAAUUAAAAGUGAAUACAUUUCAAUGUAUGGUUUAGGGGCCAUGUUUUCUUCAUGGUUACAUGGCUACAAGGUAUCCAGGUAACUAAUGGAGGAAUUUGGUACUUGAUGAUAAAUGCUUAUGAUGGUAUUUUAUCAUUGCUAUUUCUUUAUAAUUAGAGUAUUAAGUUGUCCAAAAGAUAUAUUAAUUUGAUGCACUCAUUUCUUAAUAAUUGAUUUUUCAGGAAAAUCCUGAAUAAUUUACAAUAGGUUGUAGAAAACUAUAUGCAUAUCCAAAAAUGGUACCUAAAUUAAUCAAAUGUUUAGCUACCCCCACACACACAAAAAAUGUUGCUUUCAAAACUUUACUAAUUCAUGAAGUACAUCCAGCCAGAUAUUAUUUUUAAGCCAAUAUUUUUUGAGAGGAUGUACAUGCAUUUAUUAAAAAAACAGAUGCAUGGAUAAUUUUGACUGAAUCUCUAGUUUUUCUGGUUGAUUUCUUUUUUAGCUUCAACCUUCUUUUUUUAAAUUUAGGGUCAAAUUUUCAAAAGCUCUAAAAAAUCCCACUUCUAGAUUAUAUGUGGAUAAAGACUCACAAAUGGAAAUGUUUGUUUGAACAUUUCUAUGAAAAAAAUAACUAUUUUAUUUUAGCUUAAAAAUAUAAAAUUUUCCUGGAAGUUUUAGUUUAGUUUUAAUUCUACUUCCCCUUGGUAGAAGACAUUUUUCCCUUCCAUCUUCUGUUUCAAAUCACUUAUGAUCUAGGAUUUCUGAGGUGCUACAACCUCUACUAAAAUAUUAAAAUGAAGCCCGUAUUCCUGUAUUUACCUCAUAGAAAUGUUGUGCGGCUUGGUCCAUUAAUGUUUGUUUACUACUUUGGGAUUUUUGGAUGAAAGGUACAAUCCAAGUGUUAAGUUGACAUGAUCUUUAUUUUUCAAGAGAUAAAGUUAAAGAGAGAAAUCUCUUUUCCUAUGAGUGAAAGGUCUACUAUGCUUUCAGCAGUAGCUUAUUGUGGCUAUUAUUUUUCAUAGAGUAUAGGAAUUUAAAGUUUCUUUUUGAACAUUUUUUCUCAUACAUGCGUUAGUCUAACUAUAUAUUUUUUUCCUGGAUGGGUUAACAAUUCAUUAACCCCUGCCUUAAAUGAUCAUUCAAAAUUAAGGCAAAAAUUAUAUUUUUGACAGUGAUGAUCUAAAUAGAGAAGAGAGGAAUUAUUUGUAGUACACAUGGAUACCCUUGAGCAGUUGCUAAUAGCAUGAUCCUUUAUAUGAGUAGCAAAUAUCUGCAGUGUAAUUGGGAGAGGUGUUAAGCAAGCCUUUGGGCAUAUAGCUUUUGUGCACAUCUCUUCCAACUAUACUGUUGGUCCAAUAAAAAAAUAUCAUCCACCAAAACCAGAUAAAAGAUAUCACUCACACACCCUUGUGUGUCUUGCAUUUUUCCUGGACCAUCGCAACUACAGCAUUCCAGGCCUACUAUGAGUUUGUACAGUAAGAAUGGGAAUGUUGUGAAGACAUUGGGGGAGUGACUUUGGUACUUCCAUCACCAAACAACAGUGGACAUUUGAAAUGAUGCCUUAAUCACCACCCCUAAUGUUAAAUAAUUAAUCUGAACAAAAAUCAUAGGAUGCUUCAGUUUAUUUCAUGGUACAUCUUAAAAAAUGUUAUAAUGCUGAUAAUUGCAUACAAAGAGUCCAAUUCUGUUGUUGUUUACACUCUUGUAAACCUUACUUCAUUACUUGGUUAAUGUCAUUUGUUGUGCAGUUGCUUUGGUGUAGCUAGGAGCAGAAUUUGUCCUGUAGGAUGUACAGCUCAACAGUUACUUUCCUGGUGUAAAAAUAUCUAUCUGUCAGGGAACAUCAUUCAUCUCAUGCUCAUGUAACAGCAAAGAAAUAGCUGUGUGUGCACCAAAAAAAAAAAAAAAAAAAAGAAAAAAGAAAAAAGGAACUAAAUUCCUGCUUAUAAUAAGAUCCCUUUACAAAUCUUUGUCAAUCUAGACAUUUUCUUAAAGAAUGUACAAAUGCUACUCCUGUUGUGUAGCAUUUACACUAAGGGACCUUAGUGUAAAAGAUAAUCACCAGACUAUAGAACAGGGGUGGGCAAUUAUUUUUGGGCAGAGGGCCGCUUACUGAGUUUUGGCUAGCCAUCGAGGGCUGCAUGACAGGCAGCCCAGGGCAGAUUAAUAUUAAUUUUCUAAAUUUUUUAGGGGCCCUGCAGGCUGGAUAGAAUGGCCUGGUGUCCCGCAUCCAGCCCCUGGGCCGCAUUUUGCCCACCCCUGCUAUAGAAUGAUUAAAUAAACCUGUGAACACUCAGUUGUCCUCAGGCAGGAGCAUGUGCUGGAAUAUGGCCAACUAUCUGCAAGCAAAACCUGUCAGUGAGAGCUGGUGGCAACUCGCCCUGCCUUGCCUUCCCUCCCCCCCCAUCCCCCCACUCAAAGAAACCCCAAAUAAAACAUGAGGGAGUAUCAAGAGACAGCAGAAGCAACAGUAAAGCUGUAUGAAUCAACAUGAUUUAAUAAGGCGAAGAAAGUGUUGAAAAGCAUACCCACACAGCCCUUAAAAACAAUGGCAUAUUAUUGAAUUACAAGCAUUGUAUUCAUUGGUUGACAAGACUGCCAUGCAAUGGACACAUGAACAAGGAAUUGUGGCAUUCUGUCUUCUGCCAGUAAAUAAUUAUAAUGUUGAGCUAUACAUUCCCAUUUGUGUGCUCUUCUCAGUAAAUAAUCCUUGCUGUCUCCAGGAAAGUAGAACAAGAAACUGUGGCAAAGAAAAACACAGAAGGUAGCCUGAAACAUGUCAAUAAGAAGAAUUUUUCUAAUUUGAAAGCAUGACAAAAGUAAAAAUUAAUUCCUAUACUCAGUUGGCCUAAUUUUUUAAUGCCCUGCAUCCUGCAACUGGGACAAGCAGGCUCAAAGUAUAUGUUAAAUAAUGCCAUUAUGAUCUGGUAGCCUUUAUACUUAAUUUGCCCAGAUUAUGUGAGUACAUGACAUGCAGGUCUGAAGGUCAAUGUGACUAAUAUUGCAUUCUGAUAAACUGGCGUAAAUCCAGAAUAACUGCAAUUAUUCUCAGUUUGCAUAUGCGCAGACACAUUAUUGAGCUCCCGUGUUCAGUUGGUGUGAGUAUACCUAUAACUAUGGUUAUUUACAUUUUGAGAAAAGUAUUUUUCAUUGAAACUAAUAUAUGUAGCAUAAAAGUGAAAAAGAUGUAUUGGAUUUGUUAAGACUUAAGUUUCACAUAUUGAAUCGAGUCCAAUUCAGACUAGCUGCAACUUUUGUGGAAUGCAUCUGUUUACACUGAGGUCUGAAUUGAAUUAAUCUCAUAAGGUUAUAGGCAGACAAGCUUCAAGUAGAAGUGAUACCUUUUAUUAGACCAACUAAAUACUUGGAAAAAGUGUUCUUUGCAAGCUUUUGGGGACAAACAUCCUUCUUCUCAUAAGGUUACAUUUUUGAUUUCUUAUGCAGUAGAAUUGGUCAGGAAAUCAAAUAUAUUCCCUAGAUAUUUCAAAUGAAAAACUAAUUCAAAUUUAUUUAAACAUUUUUCUGCAAGACAUUUUGAACUUUUAAAUUUGUUUUGGACCAACAAUUUGAAAUGAACUAAGUUUUGCUUGUUUAAAACAUGUUAAAUAAAAAACAUUAUGAGAUACAAAAAUGAAAGCUGUCAUUUCAGAUUGAUAAAAAUGAAACGUUAUUUUGUCUUGUUUUAAGUGCAAAACAAAACCCAAAUGACAUUUUGUGUAAGUGAACACUUGAUUGCUUUUAUAAUGUCUCUUCUAAACAAAUUUUUAUUUUAAAAAUAAUGGUUUUAUCGAAACGAGAGUUUCCAAUGUAAAAUUGCAGCGUUACUGUAACUGUGUUUUUCAGUAGGAAAAUAUUGUGAGUAAAAAUACUCAACCAGUUCCAAAAUACGCAUUCAGUAUCACUGACUUGUAGGGAUUGCAAUACUAUAAUUUAGGGCAGAAUUUAGUGUAGUCAUUUUGGAAUAUAAGUGCUGUUUGCCAGAAAUCGUCUUAUUUCAUUUAAAUUUCUUAGAACAAUUUUCAUUUUGUAUUUUUUUCAAACAGACAAAUGUAAGCGCCUUUGUAAGUUUGUUUUACAAACCUGAGGAGUUUGAUCUAUGACCUGAAUAUUUGCAUUUAAAAAUUAUAUUUAGUUUGAAGUAUUUACAGACAUUUUGGACUUAGACAUUUAUCUACAAACUAAAUAAACGUCAACUUAUUAUCUGUUUGUUACAUUAAAUAUAAUUUGCACUAAA